AUGGCCCCCAGAGUUAUUGUUGUUGGCGGUGGCUUGUCCGGCCUGAGCGCUGCUCACACCAUCUACCUCGCCGGUGGUAACGUCGUUGUUCUCGACAAGCAGGGUUUCUUCGGUGGCAACUCGACCAAGGCCACUUCCGGUAUCAACGGUGCCCUCACCCGCACACAGGUUGAGCACGGCAUCCAGGACUCCGUUAAGCAGUUCUACGAUGAUACCCUCAAGUCUGCCCGUGACAAGGCCAGGCCCGACCUCAUCAAGGUCCUCACCUACAAGUCCGCUGCUGCCGUUGAGUGGCUCCAGGAUGUCUUCAACCUCGACCUCACCCUUGUUUCCCGUCUCGGUGGUCACUCCCAGCCCCGUACCCACCGUGGUCACGAUGCCAAGUUCCCCGGUAUGGCCAUCACCUAUGCUCUCAUGCAGCGCCUUGAGGAGCUCGCCGAGACCGAGCCCGAGCGUGUCCAGAUCAUCAAGAAGGCUCGCGUCACCAGCCUCAACAAGGAGGGCAACAAGGUUACUGGUGUCCAGUAUGAGGUCAACGGCGAGUCCCAGACCCUCGAUGGCCCCGUUGUCCUCGCCACUGGUGGUUAUGCCGCCGAUUUCACUGAGGAUUCUCUCCUGAAGAAGCACCGCCCCGAUGUCUACGGCCUUGCUACCACCAACGGCACCCACGCCACUGGUGACGGUCAGAAGAUGGUCAUGGCCAUUGGCGGUAACGGCAUUGACAUGGACAAGGUUCAGGUCCACCCUACCGGUCUCGUCGACCCCAAGGACCCCAACUCCAAGUGGAAGUUCCUUGCUGCUGAGGCCCUUCGUGGUGAGGGUGGUCUCCUCCUCAACGGCGAUGGUGACCGCUUCUGCGACGAGCUCGGCCACCGUGACUACGUCUCUGGCAUGAUCCACAAGGAGAAGGAUAAGGGCAAGUACCCCGUCCGCCUCGUCCUCAACUCCAAGGCUUCCAAGACCCUUGACUUCCACACCCGCCACUACUCUGGCCGUGGUCUCAUGAAGAAGAUGACCGGCCACGAGCUCGCCAAGGAGAUCGGCUGCACUCCUGAGCACCUCCAGAAGACCUUCCAGACCUACAACGCCAUCGCUGAGGGCAAGCAGAAGGAUCCUUGGGGCAAGAAGUUCUUCCACAACAUGCCCGUCGAUAUCAACGACGACUUCCACGUCUCCGUCAUGGAGCCCGUCCUCCACUUCACCAUGGGUGGUAUCGAGAUCAACGACAAGGCCCAGGUCCUCAACAAGGAGCAGAAGCCCUUUGAGGGUCUCUACGCCUGCGGUGAGCUUGCCGGUGGUGUCCACGGUGCCAACCGCCUCGGUGGUUCUUCCCUCCUUGGCUGCGUUGUCUACGGCCGUGUCGCCGGUGACUCCGCCAGCAACUACCUCUUCCAGGAGGCUCUUAAGGGCAACACUGGUGCUGCCCGUCUUGGUCAGAUCGCUCUCCACAUCGAUCCCUCGCAGCCCGGCAAGAUCUCCGUCCAGUGGGGCGGUGAGGGUGCUCAGGCUACUUCCAGCACUGAGGCUCCCAAGAAGGACACUGCCGCCGCUGCCCCCAAGAAGGAGGACCCCAAGGCUUUCACCAUCCCCGACAAGGAGUACACCAUGGAGGAGGUUGCCAAGCACAACAAGAAGGAGGACCUUUGGGUUGUCGUCAAGGGUGUCGUCCUUGACCUCACCAACUGGCUUGAGGACCACCCCGGUGGUGUCCAGGCUCUCCUGAACUUCAUGGGCCGUGACGCCACUGAGGAGUUCGAGAUGCUCCACGACGACGAGGUCAUUCCCAAGUAUGCCCCCGAGCAGGUUAUCGGCCGCGUCAAGGGCCAGAAGGUUACCCUCGAGGUUUAA